GGACUGACAAGGGCACCAAAAGUGUCGUUUGCUCAUAUUGCUUCUGGAAGUCAUCGAGGGCCAAUGCUAGUCGAAUGGUGGAACAUAUUGCCUCGUUCUGCAAACAGGCAUCAGCUUCUCUGAAGAAAACUGCUGCCAGUAAACUAAACCAGGGAUCGUCAAAGAAACGGAAAACUAUUGAUAGUUCAGACAGUGAAGAUGAAGAUGCCGCUUUGGAAAGUGCACGACCACAAGCAACAUCUGAAACAACUGGAUCAGUUUCGCCUCCUAGCUCAACCUGUCGAACCAGUGACAAACCCACCACUUCUCACUCUUCAAACGGAUCAAUGGAUAGAUUUGUUGUAUCUACUUCUGAACGGUUAAAGGUGAAGAUUGAUAAAGCUUUAGCCAGAGCAGUAUAUAUGACUCCUAGUGUUCCAUUUAACAUUUUUGAAAAUGUAUAUUGGAAGCAUGCAUUGAAUCUACUCCGGCCUUCUUAUAAGCCACCUAGUCGGCAUCAGAUUGGUACUCCUCUCCUCAACCAGGAGUAUGAUGAUGUAAUGGUAUCUGCAAAAAAAAAUAAAAUAAAAGCAGCUCCUUGUAUAGCUAUAAUCUCUGAUGGUUGGACUAAUAACAGAAAUGAGAGUUUGAUAAAUUUCCUAUUGACUACACCUUUGCCAGUCUUUUUUAAAAGUAUAACUCCUGGUAAAGAUAAAGAAACGGCAUCUUACAUUGGUAAAGAAAUUAUAAAUGUUAUUGAUGAGGUAGUUAGUGAUGGAACAGAUGUGAAAUUAAUUUUUAUUGUAAUAACUGAUAAUGCUGCCAACAUGAGAGCUGCAUGGGACAUAGUGAGAGAAAAAUAUCCCCACAUUGUCUGUAUUGGUUGCCCUGCUCAUAUGUUAAAUCUUUUACUAGGUGAUAUCAUGAAAGUUGACUCUCUAAAAGAACUGCGUUGUAAUGUGAAAAAAGUUAUCAAACAGUUCAAGAAUCACCAUGUUCCAGGGGCAUUUUUUAAAGCCGAGCAAAAAGUAAGAUAUGGGAACAAAGCUGUGACCCUUAAACUCCCUCCCAAAACAAGGUGGUUUUUCUUUGUAAUUUCACUGUACUCUCUGAUAAGUAACAAAGCUGCACUGCAGUCCACUGUAAUAGAAGAGGAACUUGCCAUUGACAGUAAUGUGAGAGAGUUAGUUCUUGACAAUGCAGGGUUUUGGGUCUCUGUAACUGACUGUUACAAUUUGUUAGUUCCUAUUGCAAAAGCAAUAUCUCAUGUUGAAAGUGAUACUGCUCUUCUGUCUGAUUUGCCAUUUCUAACAAAAAAAGUUAGUCAUGAUAUUGAAGAAGUAUUAGCAACCUUCUCAUUGUUAACAAGUGAAGAGAAAACAGUAGUUAACUCAGCUGUGGUAGACAGAAUGUAUAAAUGCUGUUUUAAUGUACAUUUUGCUGCUAAUUUAUUGCAUCCAAUGAGAAUGGGGAAAGAUUUGGACCAAACGGAGAAGCAAGACGCUAUCCGCUUCAUUAGUGAACAGUGUAUACAUCUUGAACUCAACAAGGGAGAAGUGCUUGGCAAUCUGGCUGCAUUUAGGACCAAAACUGGUUCUUUUGGUGAUGAAAAUAUUUGGGAAGCUGCUGCCCACACCACCCCUGCUACAUGGUGGGGAGGUUUCUGUACUGAGCAACCGUUAUUUCCCAUAGCUGCUAGAGUUUUCAAUGUACCAAUUACCUCUGCGCCAUGUGAGCGUAACUGGUCCACAUUCAGCUCUGUUCAUACAAAGACCAAAAAUAGGAUUUUGAACGAAAGGGCCCAGAAGCAAGUUGCCAUUAAAAGCAACAUGCGCUUCAGCUCAAAUGGAAUUCAUGAACCUCCAAAGAAAAAAGCCAAAAAUCCAUUUGGAACUUAUGAUGUGAACUCUAACAUAGAAAAUGUUGAUGAUGUUGUAGAGUGGGAUGAGUCCGAGUUAAAUGAUAGUGAUUAUUCUGUCUCAGACUCAGAAGAGGAGUCCGAUGAUGAUGUUCCCCUUGCAUAUACUUUUUAAGUAUUUUAUUCUUUAUUGUUUUGACUGACUAAUUAAUAGGUUCAGGUUCAACUGAAAGUACUGAUUAUUUUUAAUUUAAUUCUAAGUUAUUUCUUAGCUUGUCUAAUCUGUACUGAAAUCUGGUUGUGAGUUUAUGUUGAAUGUAACCGUGCCAUUGUGCCUGUGCCAUAUGUGAUUUUAUGUAUAAUAAAUAAGAAAGUUUC